AUGAGCUGUUUCCUGAAUGUGUUACGAGGCUGGCUGGUCAUAGUAUCCAUCAUAGCCAUGGGGAACACACUUCAGAGCUCCCGAGAUCAUACCUUUCUCUACGAAAAGCUGUAUACUGGGCAAGCCAAACUCCUGAAUGUCCUGCAAGCCUGGACCUUUGGGAUCUGGACACUGCUCUCCUCAGUGAUUCGCUGCCUCUGCGCCAUUGACAUUGACAAGAUGCUCUACCAUAUCAUGCUGUGGACCUUCCUGUUUGCUCUGGGGCAAUUCCUGUCUGAGUUGUUUGUAUUCAGAAACGUAGCCCCCACAAUUGGCAUCCUGGCACCUCUGAUGGUGGUUUCUCAAUCCUGGGAAUGCUGGUUGGGCUCCAGUACCUAGAACGAGAACCAGUAUCCAGACAGAAGAAGAGGAAUUGAGUCCAGUUUGCAUGACCGCCUCCAAACAGUGGGACCAAGGGCUCCUUCACUACCAGGC